UGACAUUUCCAAUCGAGUUUUGCCCACCACCAAGAGACGCUUACAAGUGUUAUUGCAACUUAAUGCGCGCUUUUUUUUUACUUUGUCCAUCAAAAACUAGGAAAAUUUAUUGUGCGUGUUUGAAAAUUAAGUGUGCGACUCCAAAAUCAUCACUAGAACUCAGGAUUCGAUCAGAUAGACAGUUUUUAUCAGUGACACAUUCGAUACCAUAUAAAGUGCAAAGUCUAAACAGGAAAUACUACUGUAAUAUUGCGAAAUUCGCAAAAACACCACGUAGCCUAAAGAUGCCGAUUGAUACGCGCGAGUUGAUGGAGGCUAUAGCCAUUGUGGCUGACGACCGCAACGUCCGCGUCGCCGUAAAGCAGUCCGGUAAGGGAGCAGCUAUCUGUGCCGCCUGCUCUUUUGCGGGCGGUAUGCUUUUGGGUCCCGUUGGCCUGGCGGUUGGCGGGGCUGCCGGAGGCGUAGCUGCUUAUAAGAUGACUAGCGGCUCAUUCCGACCGCUGGGCGAAGUCAUCAUGAACGAUCUAACGGACACACAGCGCGAACAGCUGGUGCAGCAUGUUUCCAAGGCCGUUGCCGAAAUACAUCCCACCGAUGUGGUGAUGCUCCUGCCGCUCAUUGUUCAAAACGCGUCCAUCCAGCAGGCCGUGCUUAACACAGUCAUGUCAUUUGUGACCAACGAGCUGCGUAUGCAGAUUGUGGACUGACCGGCUGCGCGGAGAGGUGAACAAUGACCAGGUAACUGUAGAUUUUGGACAUCUAUAUUAGUCAAAACUGUUGUGAUUUGUGUAGGUUUAUUAAUAAAUACUCUUUAUGUACAUAAA